AUGAAGAAGAAGCUGGUGGGCGGCGACGCCGGCUACGUGCUCGAGGACGUGCCGCACCUCACGGAUUACAUGCCCCAGCUCCCGACAUACCCGAAUCCCCUCCAAGACAACCCGGCGUAUUCAGUCGUCAAGCAGUAUUUCGUCAACCCAGACGACACCGUCACGCAAAAGAUUGUUGUUCAUAAGACCAGUGCCAGGGGCACCCACUUCCGGCGUGCUGGGCCACGGCAGCGGGUGUACUUCCAGUCUGAUGAGGUGAACGCUGCCAUUGUCACCUGCGGAGGGCUCUGCCCUGGGUUGAACACGGUCAUCCGCGAGCUUGUUUGCGGGUUGUAUGAUAUGUACGGCGUCACCAGCGUUGUUGGCAUAGAGGGUGGAUACAAGGGUUUCUAUUCUAAAAAUACUGUUCCGUUGACACCAAAGUCAGUGAACGACAUCCAUAAGAGAGGUGGGACUAUCCUUGGAACUUCAAGAGGAGGGCAUGACACUGCCAAAAUUGUUGAUUGUCUUCAGGACCGUGGUAUUAACCAGGUUUAUAUUAUUGGAGGUGAUGGUACUCAGAAAGGUGCUUCUGUAAUUUAUGAGGAAGUCCGUAGACGGGGGCUCAAAUGUUCUGUUGUUGGUAUCCCAAAGACCAUUGAUAACGACAUUGCGGUGAUUGACAAGUCGUUUGGAUUUGACACUGCUGUGGAGGAGGCCCAGAGGCGAUCAAUGCUGCUCAUGUUGAGGCUGAGAGUGCAGAGAAUGGCAUUGGAUUGUUGUUUAAUCCCAGAGUCACCCUUCUACCUUGAAAGGAAGGGAGGACUCCUUGAGUUCAUUGAGAAAAGGCUCAAGGACAAUGGUCAUAUGGUCAUUGUGGUGGCUGAGGGUGCUGGACAGGAUCUCAUCGCGAAAAGUAUGAAUUUCAUGGACACUCAAGAUGCUUCGGGAAAUAAGCUGCUUCUGGAUGUUGGCCUUUGGUUAUCCCAGAAGAUAAAGGAUCAUUUCAAGAAGAAGCCCAGCUUCCCGAUAACUCUCAAGUACAUCGACCCGACUUACAUGAUCCGUGCUGUCAAGUCAAAUGCUUCUGACAACGUCUACUGCACUCUGUUAGCCCACAGCGCCCUCCAUGGUGCCAUGGCGGGGUACACCGGCUUCACCGUCGCUCCAGUCAAUGGCAGACACGCCUACAUCCCUUUCUAUAGGAUCACCGAGAAGCAGAACAAGGUGGUGAUCACGGACCGUAUGUGGGCGAGGGUGCUGUGCUCGACGAACCAGCCGUGCUUCCUGAGCCACGAGGACGUGGAGAACAUGAAGCACGACGACGACGAGCACCACCUGCACAACACGCAGCUCCUGGAAGGCGAGAGCUCGCCGGUGAAGGACGCGUCCAAAUGCAAUGGGGCACUGUGA